CAGUGUGCUGCUCUCUCACACUAGACCUACCUGGCAGGUUCACAAUGCUCAGAUCACUCACACUCUACCAGCUUGUCUCCUGCACACUGCUGCUCCUCGUCUCCCUCUCCGGCUCAGGGGAGAGCCGGCCUCACGUGGUCCACGAAGGCGCACCUGACGUGGGGGGAACAGAUAGCCAGAGGGUCCUGCUUCUGGAGGCGGUGAAGACGGGGAUCCUCAGCUCGCUGGGUUUGGACAGGGAGCCCAGGCCAACCACAAAAGCACCGGAGGAGGAGCUGAGGACGAUGUAUCAGCUCUACAGGACAAAAGUGAGAGAGAUGAGAGGAAAUUCCAGCCAGGCAUUGAGGGAAACCUGGCAAUCCACCAUGUCGACUGUGCUCUUUCCGGCUACAGUCGAGCCAAUAAAAGUGCUUCGGAGUGGAGAACAAACAGGUCAGCGCAUGCAGUGGCACAGAGCUGUUUUCCACAAGAACCCAAACAUCCAGACUGAGCUGACUCUAGCUCGGGCUGAGCUGAAGAUUUCCAGGCAGGUUCUAGACAAACCCACUUCAGUUCAGCCCGGGGUAAGACGAGAGAUUGAAGUGAAAGUCAGCACAGAGCCGGCGAACUCAGCAGUCCGUGCCAAUUUGUCAAGCACUCAAGAUGUGACGCUGGACAUCAGGCCUGAGGUGGAGAGGUGGAUGAGGACUGAUGGCGGGCAGGCGCUGGUUGUGGAUGUCGGGAUAGCUGCGGGUGGAAAAGACGCCCUCGAGCCAAAUCCAACCAUUUCUCUGGAAUUAGGCCUCAUGCAGCCCGAACAAGCCGAGAGGACGAGGCUGCCGCGCUCCAACAAAGAGGACGAAUGCGACGAACAAGGAUGGUGCUGCCUGAAGUCUGUCACCGUGUCCUUCAAAGACAUCGGCUGGACUGACUGGGUGGUGGCCCCGGCCGAGUACACGAUGAAUUUCUGUGACGGCACCUGCCCCCACAACUACAAGCCCGCGAGCAUGCACGCGCAGGUGAAGUCUCGGCUGCACCAGAUCACCAAAGGAGGGACGCCUCGGCCCUGCUGCGUGCCGGCGGCCUACGAGCCCAUGGUCCUCAUGCACUACGACAGCAGGGGAAAGCUGAAGUUGACUCCUUUUGACGACUUGAUUGUCAGUAAAUGCCACUGUGCCUGAGGGAGAACUUUAAACUGGAACCUUUGCGAGAGCGUUGCCACAAGAAAAAUAUGUUACAUGGGGGAAAAAAAACUGACGUGUUCUUGAAAUUACAUUUGAUCAGAGCUGCGUUCUUUGUGUUAAAGUAAACUGAAAUUGCAAUUAUCCACUUUGAAGAUGAAAGCGUGUUACUGCUGCACAGAGCAACUGUUCUGCGUUGUGGAUCAAGCAGUAGAUCUGUACAUUCAUAACGUUGCCUUUGAAAAUUAUUUAUUUCAAGUCCUAUUUAUGGUUCUAAUCUUAUUAUUACUUAUUUGUUUUGUUUUAUGUUGAAGCGUUUUAACGCAGCUUACUAUUUAAUUGUAAUGCCACUCAUUAUUUAAAGUACUGUCGUGUUUUAUGAGGAACGUGGUUGAGAUAUUUUGUGUGUUGUCUUAUACAUUUCAGUAAUAAAUGUUAUGAUUUAUUCACAAUGAACUGUUGCACUUGAAUACAU